AUGCAGGAUAUAAAAAAGGUAUUGUUAGUUAAGACUCCAACUGUGAGUCAAGACCCGGAUGACUUAAAAGACAUCGAAAUUCAAGCUGAUAUGGAAAAGACAAAAUAUCAAUGAAUUGAAAAUAAGGCUGUCAAUAAAUUCUCAACAAAAAAAAGAUCGUUUUUGAGGAAGAGAACGGAGAUAUGUAAAACUGAGACAGAAAGCAGUGAGAUGAAAAGAAUUUUGACUAAAUUUCCUCCUAACUUCCCCCGAACAAAACCAUUGAAAAAUCCCUAUUUUUUGAGUAAAAACCCACACUCUAUCAGUGAACAAAGAUUUUUUUAAUAUAAAAAUUAUUUAACGAUGACCCCCCCCUCAAUCUUCAUGUCUAUUGCAACAAAAAUGCAAUUUUUUAAUAUAAAAUUUUAUAUAAAAAAAAAUAAUAAUUUUCAUGUCUCUUACAACAAAUUAUAUAUAUAGCGCUUUCCCGAGGAUGGCGCGGAAUGGCGCCAUCCUCGGGAAAGUCAAACUAAGCAUCCACACGGGAACUGGGAGUUCCACGUGUGGAUGCCAUUUUUGACAUGUGGGAUCCAAACUUCCACAUGCCAAAAUGGCAUCCACACGUGGAACUCCCAGUUCCCUUGUGGAUGCCUUCCUGGCUUUCCCGAGGAUGGCGCCAUUCCGCGCCAUCCUCGGGAAAGCGCUAUAAAAAAAAUAAUAAUUUUUAUGUCUCUUGCAACAAAUUAUAUAUAUUAAAAUGGCGAUACGUGUCAGCCUGCCCUCUUGGCGCAGCAUUCCAGAUCUUAUGGCUAAUGCGAACUGGGACGGACCCCAAGCCGAGAAUCAGACGCAGGCUCAAGAAGUGUAUAUCCAGGCAGGUUUUGGCUGCUUUCCUGUGGUUGGAAAUAGAUGCGCUCAAACAACGUCCUUUUGAUCCGAGGACCCAUGGGCAUUCCUCUACCGAGAAACUGGGGUUUUUGCCCAGGCCACAGGGGAACAGUCUUUUUCCAGUAGCUGUAGAAGGAAGGUACUUUGACCCCCGAUAGACUCUAAGGAGCGAUCCUUGGAAUCAAGCUACUCCAAUUGCCCGUAGCAGGGAUGCAGAAAUCCAUAAGCCGCCCACUCAAGACUGAAGCCGCAAGGCAAGGAGGAGACAGAAGGUACCGGAAGGGCACUCGUAAGAGGAAUAGACCCUCUGGGAUGGAAUCGAAAAGCGGUAGAAUCUUCUGCACGGGAGGUCUUUGGUGACUGUGUCACCAAUAUGGCUAGCGCCUGUCUGUAAUAAUCCUAAUCCUCUUGCAGCAAAUUUUAGAUGCGCAUCUUAAAUUUUUCUGUACUUUUUAGCUAGAUAAGUUUAAUAAAAUGGCGAUCAAUGACAAUAGCCGUCCAAAUCUCGAUGAGAAGGUCAUUGACACGCCUACAGCAGCGCUGUUUUAUGGGGUUUUUGAGAAACUCACCUAGAGAAAAAUGCAUUAAUUCUUUUUUAUAAAAAUGUUGUGUUGCAGUAGGCAUGAAAAUUUUUUCGAAAAAUUUUUGUUGCAGUAGACAUGAAGAUUGAGGGGGGGGUCAUCGUUAUAAAAAAAUAUUUUGAUAUAUAAAUGAUAAUUAUUAUAAGGAAAUCCAAAUCUGUUUUAUUUAUAAAAUGUAUUUAUAAUAAAAAAAAAAUUAACCUCUGCGUGAGCGAAAAACAGAUAAUUUAAUUAAUUGAUUACAGCUACAACUGAGCAAGAAAAAUCUGUCACCGCGAAGUUAAGAGUAAGCCCAACAGGAUCAAUAUAAAUAAAAUAUUUUCACCUGAAAUGUUUAGGAUCAAUGGCAGUAGCUUAUCACCUGUCAAUUUAAGAGAAGCUGGGUGAGAGCUUGAUAAAGCAAUUUUUAAGGGAGCAGGUUCACAAAAAGAAACGAAAAAGUUAAAGCAGAAAAUAAAGCAAAAUUAUAGGUGUAACAGGUUUUCUAGCAAUGUUUUUUUGCUAGAGGAUGAAAUGACUUACCCAAGAUGGAAACCAGAAACACAGAGUUUCUUACUGUUCCCUUUGGCUAGAGAGCAGAUUGCUUACUUGCUAAAUCUCUAUGAAAGAAUGUUAAUUUUUAAAAAACAAAUUAUAUAUAAGCAUUUUUCGAUUUAAAUUCAAAUUUUUUAUUAUGCCACGCAUAAUAAAUAUUUGAAAGAAAAUCUAAUUUAAUUUAUAAAUUUAUGUUUUAGGAUGUAUGCGGUGUUAAAUUUAAUAUAUUGAAUUAUAAUCAUUAUUAAUUAUAUACCAAUUAAUAUUUAAUUUAUAAGUAAAUUGUAGCUUUUAACGAAGAGUUCUAAUUUCUCAAAAGCUGGGAUUUUUUCAUGAUUUUGCUUGCUAGCCAAGGGCGAUCUAGUUACAAAUGAGCCAGUUUUUACCCCUCCUAUAAGGAGAACCAAAGAAACCCUUCCCCUUUUGCACGAUUCCAAUUGAAAUCGAUGUGAGUCCAGAAUUCGGGUCCAUGAGCGUCUUGUCACUCCUUCACAGCUGAAGACUAUUACUGACUUAUUUAAAAGGCCGAAAACUUCUCACAAGUUGUAUCUAACAGAAAACAAGCAUCAUUUGUAA